GGGAUCCUUAUAUAAUGCCUUUGAUGGAACGUAGGAGCGGGUUGUUCUCUCAUAAUGCUCUAUUACUUGCUUAUCACGUCCUCUGAAAAUGGCGGAACCUGGAGAGCCAGUCCUGUUCAGUCUGUACGUCUACCAGCCCAACACGGGAGCAGCCAUCUUCUUCACCAUUGCGUAUGCUGUCUCUGGUGCCUUCCACGUCUGGCAAUGCCGCCGCUACAAUGCUUGGCGAUUGAUCGGCUUGCACCCUCUCUGCGGCCUGACGUUAACCGCGGGCUACGGGUUGCGCAUAUGGGGAUCUUACAACUUCCUGUACAAGGUCGAUGACGUUACGCCUCUCAUCAUGUUUAUUCUCAGUCAGUGCUUUAUUUACAUCUGCCCCCCUCUCCUCGAACUCGCGAACUACCAUAUCCUCGGCCGAAUUUUCUACUACGUCCCUCACUGCUCUCCUUUUCCCCCGGGGAAGGUCUUGGCCUUUUUCGGCGGGCUCAUGCUUCUGGUCGAGCUUUUGAACGGCCUGGGGGUGGCUCUUUUCGCGAAUCCAUCCUCGGGAACGACGCAACAGAGCGUUGGCGGCAACAUGACGAUAGCCGCCGUCACUAUGCAGUUGAUGAUAAUCCUCGCCUUUGUCUGGCUGGCCUUUGUCUUCUACCGGCGAUGUAGGAAAGCGCAUAUCCGAUCCAGGUCGGUCAAGACGAUGCGGACAACCUUGUACACGAGCAUGGCUUUGAUCUUCAUCCGUUGCGUCUAUCGCCUCGUCGAGCACACGGGUCACACGCACAAGGACCUGGAUGAUAUUGAGUCUCUCAGAGAGCUGAAUCCUCUUUUCCGCUUCGAGGUCUUCUUUUACAUCUUCGAAGCUUCCUUGAUGCUGGUCAACUCCAUCAUCUGGAACAUAUGGCACCCAGGUCGUUUCUUGCCACGGGACUACCAUGUUCACCUAGGACCAGACGGGAACGAAGUUGCUGGCGAAAAGGACGAGGAUAAUCGACCCAUGUGGGCAAAGGUUGUCAAUGCCGUGACGUUCGGCGUCAUGUAUCGCAGGAAGGCCCCGCUGCAGCAGUUCCAGGAACUCACCGAGCGUCCGACACCGAGCAAUCGCUAUUUCAGAGAAGAUUAGCUUUGUAGUGACGAGACGGUCGAUACCGGUCGUAGACUCGUACGGCUGCAGGGGCGUACUUGUAUACUACGAUUCCCCCAACUUUUCUUUUGUACACUUAGACGCUUGUUUAAAUUCUGGAGCUUAGUUCCAGGACUGACUCUGGGUUAUUUAUUUCUAAAUUCUUGCAAACGGGUAUUCAA